CUUCAAUCCUCUAGUGGAUGGGUUUUUGUCCGGCGACGCUGACGUUCGUGCCGGCCCGUCGAGGAUGUUCUUCUGAUGAAGACUGCCCUGGAGGACACAAAUGCUGUCGAUUUGACUGUGGGCCUGUUUGUGUGCUGCCUGUUUUCAUGAAGCCGGGUCAGUGUCCCCUACCAGAGAUGAUUCCACUGUGUGCUGAAAGCUGUUUCCAUGAUGGCCAGUGUCCUGCCACACAGAAGUGUUGCCCAACCACCGGUGGCUUUGCAUGCAGUGAACCACGUGGUCAGGGAAGAGGACAGGGAAGCGGCCAGGGACAAGGACAGGGAAGCGGCCAGGGACAAGGACAGGGAAGCGGCCAGGGAAGCGGUCAGGGACAAGGCCAGGGUCAGGGACAAGGCCAGGGACAGGGAAGCGGCCAGGGAAGCGGUCAGGGAAGCGGUCAGGGACAAGGCUGGGGAAGCGGUCAGGGACAAGGCCAGGGAAGUGGCCAGGGUCAGGGACAGGGCCAGGGUCAGGGACAAGGCCAGGGUCAGGGACAGGGACAAGGCCAGGGAAGCGGACAGGGUCAGGGACAAGGCCAGGGUCAGGGACAGGGACAAGGCCAGGGAAGCGGACAGGGUCAGGGACAGGGACAAGGCCAGGGAAGCGGUCAGGGACAAGGCCAGGGAAGCGGCCAGGGUCAGGGACAAGGCCAGGGUCAGGGACAAGGCCAGGGUCAGGGACAGGGACAAGGCCAGGGAAGCGGACAGGGUCAGGGACAGGGACAAGGUCAGGGACAAGGCCAGGGACAGGGACAAGGCCAGGGAAGCGGACAGGGUCAGGGACAAGGCCAGGGUCAGGGACAGGGACAGGGACAAGGCCAGGGAAGCGGACAGGGUCAGGGACAAGGCCAGGGAAGCGGUCAGGGACAAGGCCAGGGAAGCGGACAGGGUCAGGGACAAGGCCAGGGAAGCGGCCAGGGUCAGGGACAAGGCCAGGGAAGCGGCCAGGGUCAGGGACAAGGCCAGGGAAGCGGCCAGGGUCAGGGACAAGGCCAGGGUCAGGGACAAGGCCAGGGAAGCGGCCAGGGCCAGGGAAGCGGACAGGGUCAGGGACAGGGCCAAGGCCAGGGAAGCGGUCAGGGUCAGGGACAGGGCCAGGGAAGCGGA